UUCCAUGUGCUCUGUUCUUUCGGUAUAGAGAGAGAAACACAUACAUUCAUUCACUGCAUAUAUAGAGAGAGAAACACAGUAGAGCUAGAGAGGGAUAUAUAUAUAUAUAUAGAGAGAGUUUGAAGAAGCAACAAUGGCAGUUCCUCUGAGAUGCUUCGCUGCUUGUUCUUUGCUGGUUCUAUUGUUGUUCGUCGGCGUGAAUGCUAUUACAGAGAGGGAUGAGAUUCAACACUCUAGUGUUGAAGAAACAAAGCAGUUGCAAAGCUUAAAGAACUCAACAAUGGCGGAUAGGUCGAACGUUGAAGCUGAAAACCGGAAUGAGCACGCCGUGGAGGAUCCGGAAGAGGUGGCAUCCAUGGUUGAUAUGAGCAUUCGCAAUAGCACAGAGAGGAGGGAGUUGGGGUUCUUGUCGUGUGGAACUGGCAACCCAAUUGAUGACUGCUGGCGCUGUGACCCCAACUGGCAACGCAACCGGAAAAGCCUGGCCGACUGUGCCAUUGGCUUCGGACGCAAUGCCAUUGGUGGACGUGACGGGAAGUACUAUGUUGUCACUGAUCCAAGCGACAACGACCCUGUGAAUCCCCGACCUGGGACCCUACGCCAUGCUGUCAUCCAGGACAAGCCUUUGUGGAUUGUGUUCAAGCGCGACAUGGUGAUCACACUGAAGGAAGAGCUGAUCAUGAACAGCUUCAAGACCAUUGACGCUCGGGGAACCAAUGUCCACAUUUCCAAUGGAGCUUGCCUCACGCUCCAAUUCAUUACGAACGUCAUUAUUCACGGUCUCCAUAUUCAUGACUGCAAGCCCACUGGCAAUGCAAUGGUCCGAAGCUCGCCUUCUCAUUAUGGGUGGAGGACAAUUGCUGAUGGCGACGGCAUUUCCAUUUUCGGCUCAAGCCACAUUUGGAUUGAUCAUAACUCUCUGUCUAACUGCGCUGAUGGCCUUAUUGAUGCUAUAAUGGGCUCAACUGCAAUUACUAUCUCCAACAAUUACUUCACCCACCACAAUGAGGUGAUGCUAUUGGGUCACAGUGACACCUACACUAGAGACAAGAUCAUGCAAGUGACAAUUGCCUACAACCAUUUUGGAGAAGGUCUGAUCCAGAGAAUGCCAAGAUGUAGGCAUGGGUAUUUCCAUGUGGUGAAUAAUGACUACACUCACUGGGAAAUGUAUGCCAUUGGCGGGAGUGCUGACCCCACUAUAAACAGCCAGGGCAACAGAUACCUAGCCCCUGUCAACCCUUUUGCUAAGGAGGUGACCAAGAGAGUAGAACUAGACAAUGGUGGAUGGAAGCAUUGGAAUUGGAGAUCAGAGGGAGAUAUGAUGCUGAAUGGAGCCUACUUCACUCCAUCUGGAGCUGGAGCUGCAGCCAGCUAUGCUAGGGCAUCAAGCUUAGGAGCCAAGUCCUCUUCCUUGGUGGGCUCCCUUACUUCUGGUGCCGGCGCUCUUGCCUGCCGCAGGGGCCUCCGGUGUUGAUCUUGUCGUAAAAAAACAAAAACAAAAACAAUAAAUAAAAAAAGGAAAAAAAAAAAAAAAAAAAAAAAAAAAAAAAUGAAAGAAAGAAAGGGAAAGUGUCCAUUCUUUUCCUUCUCUCUGCAUUGUUGUAUCAAAAUCUAGCAGUUCCCACCCACCCAUUCAAUUUCGGGAAGUGCUCUGUAUGUCCCUGUCGGUAAGUUGCGUUUCAUCAUGCCCAUUGCUCAACCUCAGCCUGCUUCAACUCGAAAAAUUUACAUCCGUGGAACAGGUCCGGAAGCGUUGUUCAUGUCCCUGUUACUCCAUCUCUGUAUUUCCCUUCAAAAUCAUCCACUCGCCUCAGCAAUUACAUCUCCUGUUCUUGGUUAAUAGGGUCUAAAUGGUUCCCACUCCCUUUCUCAAUACUCUUCCUCUUUGGGGUUAAGUCAAAUGCAUAGUUAAGAAAGAAAAAACAAAAGGGACAACCAAAAAAAAGAAAAUGAGAAAUGAAAAAUAGUUUCUAUAUUGCGUUUUUGUCAUAUAUGAGAUGAUGUUUAGCAUCAAGAUUUUCUGUUAUUAUCCUUCUGUAAUAUAAUUAUUGUUUUCACCA